AUGCACUCUCCCAAGAAAAAAAAAAACAAAAAACCUCUCUAGCAAUACACACCAAACUGAGCAUGUGCAGAGUGACUCCAUACAAUAUGUCUUAUCAGAAGAUAAGAGGUGGACACUGGAAGAAGGGGAGGAUCAGAGAAGACAGGACCAAACAGCCUUUUUUUCCCACAAUGCAGAGGAUCCACAGUGAGUAUAUAAAAAAACAUGCUUUACUGCCAGGGGCGGACUGACCAUUUGUAAACUCGGGCACUGCCCGAGGCCCCGGGGUCAGAAGGGGGCCCUAUGAGAUGCCC